CUUCACCUUAAGUACCGUCUAGGAGAGGACCCUAGCUGUCGCUGCGUAACGGACUUUAGUGCUUCUCCACAGGGAUUCCAGACGGCGACCCGCGGGGGUUCGGCGGUGCUGUCGUGUGAAGCCGCCCCGCAGGCCCGCUGCCCUCUGCUGGGCGUGGGGACGCAGCGCACAGCGACGCAGAGCCCUUUGCCAGAAAUGGCAAGACGUGUUUUGAAGACAUCACCUAUCCCUAUGAAGACAAAAUUGCUACAUCAAAUAGGAUUGUCACUUUAUAAUACCUCUCAUGGCUUCCAUGAGGAAGAAGUGAAAAGAAAACUUGAGCAGUUUCCCGGUGGAUCCAUUGACCUUCAGAAGGAAGACAGUGGCAUUGGCAUUCUUACUCUGAACAAUCCAAGUAAAAUGAAUGCCUUCUCAGGUGUUAUGAUGCUACAACUUCUGGAAAAAGUGAUUGAGUUGGAAAAUUGGACAGAGGGGAAAGGUCUCAUUGUCCGCGGAGCAAAAAAUACUUUCUCCUCAGGAUCUGAUCUGAAUGCUGUGAAAGAACUAGGAACUCCAGAGGAUGGAAUGGCCGUAUGCAUGUUCAUGCAAAACACCUUAACAAGAUUUAUGAGACUUCCUUUAAUAAGUGUUGCACUAGUUCAAGGUCGGGCACUGGGUGGAGGAGCGGAAGUUACUACAGCCUGUGAUUUCAGAUUAAUGACUACCGAGAGUGAGAUCAGAUUUGUCCACAAGGAGAUGGGUAUAAUACCAAGCUGGGGAGGUACUACCCGGCUAGUUGAAAUCAUUGGCAGUAGACAAGCCCUCAAAGUGUUAAGUGGGGCCCUUAAGCUGGAUUCAAAAAAAGCUUUACAAAUAGGAGUGGUUGAGGAGGUCUUGCAGUCUUCAGAUGAAACCGAAUGUCUCAGAGAGGCACAAGAGUGGCUACAGCAGUUUAUCAAAGGGCCACCAGAAGUAAUUAGAGCUUUGAAAAAAUCUGUUUCUUCAGGCAAAGAGCUUUGUUUAGAGGAGGCAUUACAGACUGAAAGAGAUCUUUUAGGAACAGUUUGGGGUGGACCCGCAAAUUUAGAGGCUAUUGCUAGGAAAGGAAGGUUUAAUAAAUAGUUUUUAAAAAUAUGUACUGCAAGUAAAACUCCAAUGAUUAAUAUGUAUAAAAGUCAAAUGAUAUUAAAUAUGAAUGUCAAAACUACUUUGAAGGCUACUAUUAGUAUUUGGGUUUUUAACAACUGUUUGAAUACCUGAACUCAUUGGCCUAGUUUUCAGUCUAUUUGGGUACUUACCAAGUAAUUUUGAACAUCUGACUAAAAUAUGCAACACUUUCAGCUUAAAAAUUAUUAGCAAUUCCCAAAUUCCCAUAUUAGUUCUUAGGCUAUAACCAAAGACCAGUUUUUAAAAGAAAAAACUACACAAAAUCUAUUUCUGGUGUUAUUUUUCAUAAAGUCUUUGUCUUGCCUUACCUGGAAAUAAUUUACAAAAAUAGCUUAAUGAAACUUAGAGAGCAAAAGUGGAGAGGGGUCAGGGGACAGGAAAAUAUGCAAAGGUUAUGAUUAGUCCUUUUCUUCUGCUCCAAGCAGCUGGAGUAAAGAAGUCAUGGGUAACAGCCCUUCUUUUAAAUAAAGAUGCUCCUCACCUCAACCCUCUACAAAUUUGGACCUUAUUUAUUUGAUCUUUUAAAUAAUUAUUAGAUUUCUAUUUUAAAUUAUCUAUGAAACAAUGAUAGUCACCAUAUAGAAAGUCUACUAACUACAGAAUUGGCCAGUUCAUUUGUGUGCUCCAGAAUUUCCAAACCAGUAGUUAAGAAGUACUGUAGUUUACAUAGUAAUCAAAUUUAACUUUGAUCAAAACUGCCAAGGACUGCAGAGACUCAGGAAGCAUCCUGUAACAUACAUUUGCAUUUUACAUCAGAUUUCUGUUUUUUUCUGAAAAGUAGCUAGCGUUUCUUCUUUUAUAACUAGCUAUCUUUUAAAAGUAAAGUUAAUAACAAUGUGCAACUCAAACUUUUAUGAUCAUCUCAGUAAUACAGACUUUAAAAAACAUAAGUCAAAGAAUUAAGUCCUAAUUCUAACCUAUCACAACAAGAGGUAAAAGGAUGGACCUAGAGUCUGUCAUACAGAGUGAAGUAAGUCAGAAAGAGAAAAACAAAUACCGUAUGCUAAGGCAUACAUAUGGAAUCUCAAAAAAUGGUACUGAUGAACCUAGUGGCAGGGCAGGUAUAAAGACGCAGAUGUAGAUAAUGGACUUGAGGAUGCAGUGAGGGAAGGGGAAGCUGGGACAAAGUGAGAGAGUAGCACUGACAUAUUACACUACCAAAUGUAAAAUAGCUAGUGGGAAGCUGCUGCAUAGCACAAGGAGAUCAGCUCAAUGCUUUGUGACCACCUAGAGGGGUGGGAUA